AAGCUCUACGGGUUUUGCUCACAAAGAUCACACACUUUUGCUGUUUAUGAGUACAUGGAAGGUGGGACUUUAGCUGAUUUUCUGAAAAAUGACACAAAGGCAUUAAAGUUAGAUUGGCUUAAGAGGGUGGAUAUUGUCAAAUGCGUAGCAGAAGCUUUAUCUUAUAUGCAUCAUGAUUGUGAUCCACCAAUUAUUCAUAGAGACAUAUCAAGCAAAAAUAUAUUAUUGUCUGGAAAUCUUGAAGCCCAUGUGUCAGAUUUUGGCACAGCAAUGUUCUUGAAGUCUAACUCAUCAGUUUUGACGGCAUUUGCUGGCACACUUGGCUAUGCUGCUCCAGAGCUUGCAUAUACGAUAACAGUGUCUGAGAAAUGUGAUGUGUUUAGCUUUGGUGUAUUGGCUUUUGAAAUUCUCAUGGGAAAGCAUCCUGGUGAUCUAAUUUCUCAUGUACACUCCUUUGAUGAUGAUCCAAACAUCAACUUCAAAAAGAUUUUAGACCCCCGUUUGUCACCUCCUAAAGAGCAGCAAAAGUUGAUGAAGGAAGUGAUUUUGAUUGAAAUCAAGCUAUUUCAUGUUUACGAGCCAACCCUUCAUGUCGACCAACCAUGCGAAGCAUCGCCCAAAUGGUGGAUCGUGCUCAUCAUCAUUAGCUUGUUCUCAUGCACAAUCCUCUGGUUAAUAUAUUGUCUUUGUACCUUUGCAUGA